AUGCUCACGUUUCGGAAUGACUUUCAUAGUGCGUUCGACGACUUUGGAGCUGCUUUCGUCUGUCGCAGCUACGAGACUCGUUCAAUGACAUGCCUUUCAGCGUUCGGCGACGGCAACGUCCAAAAAGCUGAACGCCUGCGACGAACGUCAGGACGACAAACGGCCAACUACACGAUUCGUGUCAUGCUGACCCCAAACAAGUCUGUCUCACAUUUCGAAAUGGCUUUUACGCCAACCGACAUCGGCGUACGACGGUGCAAGACAGCCGCCUGA